AUGGUCUGUCCUACUUUAUGUCACACCAAUUUCACCAAAAAUGAUGAACUAGCACUUCUUGCUCUCAAAAAUUCUGUUAGAGACCCAUUCAAUCACUUGGCUAAUUGGUCCAACUUUUCCUCCAUUUGCAAUUGGGUUGGGGUUACUUGCGAUGCUAAUGGUGAGAGAGUAAGUGUAUUGAAUCUUGCCUACAUGAGUCUUAUGGGCACCUUACCCUCACAAGUGGGGAAUCUGUCCUCCCUUGUUGAACUUGACCUUCACAGGAACAAUCUUUCAGGACAUAUACCUCUAACUAUUUACGGCUUAUGUUCACUUGAGCUGAUGUCUUUGUCAUACAGCUCCUUAACAGGAGAUAUUCCAAAAGAGAUCAGCCAUCUUCAAAAUCUGAAAAUUCUAUAUUUACAUACUAAUGAGCUCUUUGGCCAAAUACAAUCAAAUAUCUUCAAUAUGUCAAAGUUGCAAGAUAUUGAUUUAAGCUGGAACAAUUUGUCUGGAAGUACUCCCUUUGAUAUAUGUCAAGGACUUCCAAAAUUACAAGUUCUAUAUCUUCAAAAGAAUGAAUUAUCUGGAUCCUUGCCAUCUAAUUGGACACAAUGUAAAGAGUUCAAAGAAUUACAUUUAGAAUACAACUUCUUCACAGGAAAUAUUCCUCAAACAAUGAGUGAUCUUACAAACCUGAAAGUUAUAUGUCUAAGCGCUAACAAGUUGGCUGGCCAAAUACCAAGGAAUAUUGGAAACUUGACAAAACUUCGAGAACUAGAACUUGCUGGAAAUAACAUAGAAG